AUGCCGAAGCGUCGUCAUCGUGAUAAAAUCGAAUAUUACCAACAGAAAUUGAGGCGUUGGGAAGAAAAAGCCGAACGUAAAAACCGUAGAAUCAUCGAGUCAUCCGACUCUGAAAACUCAGACAAUGAGCCUGUUAUUGUGGAAGAGUCUACGGAAAUCAACGCUAACUCUGUGGAUCACCACGACACGUCAAGUAAUCCAGAAAAUGAAAUUCAGGAGCCCGAUCCUGAACUGGACCCCGAGAUCCUAUCGGCCCUUGGCGAAUCAACCGAAGAAUCUCCAAAAUUCGGCGAAAAGAUUCACGAGAAUUUAGCCCGCUUAUGGACGCCAAUAUUACGCAAAGGAUUAAAUAAGGAAAUUAAAGAUAAGUUUUUUAAAGAGUAUCUUACCCCCGAAAACUGUACCUUGUUACAAGCGCCAAAGCUGAAUCCCGAGAUUUCGGCUGCGGUGUCCGAUUUAACACGAUCUCGCGAUAAAAGAGUAGAAUCUGUUCAGCAUCAUUUGGGUGUCGGUAUCACGGCUUUGAACAGAGCAUUAACUUUAUUAAUAAAUAAUGAGGGUAGUAAAGUUACUGCAAUUAAACUACUUAGCGAUAGUAGUCGUAUUUUGUGCGAUCUCCAUUACGUAGAAACACAAGCUAGGAUUAAAUUUAUAACACCAGGUUUGGAUAAGGCUUUUUUAAAUAUAGUCCAGGACAUAAAUAGAGACGAAAUGCUUUUCGGUAAUAAAUUAUCGGAAAAGAUUAAAGCUUCGAAAGUAAUCGAGAAGCAGGGAUUACAAAUAAAAAAGACUGUUCCAAAUCCAAAGCCAGCUACGGUACCUCAACCUUCUUCCAGUCGGCCUCGCCCCCAGGAAAACUGGGCGGGCCCUCCUCGUCAGUCGUCUUACAGGGGGGGACGAGGGGGGGCCAGGAAGACAACAUCUGCAGGAUCGACUGGUCGCAGAGCACCCCCAGCACCUCAGUCCAAAUCGUCGACUCAGACAAAACAACAACGUGCUGCUCAACAGCAUUAG